CACACACACACACACACAUACACACACAUACACACACACACACACUCUCUCUCUCUCUCUCUCUCUCUCUCUCUCUUUCUGCCCCUCUUCGCAUUCGUUGCUAAAUGCGAAAGUCUACGACUCUUGUGUCUAGACUUAUAAAUACAAUUAUAGAUAAUGGAAAGAAUUUUUUUGUUUGUAGACGAGAAGUCUUACUUUAUCAUCAGUUAACAACUAUUCAUCAAAAACGAUCCAUCAUGAUUUCAAAUUCAAGAUCCCAUUCUUCAUCAGCAGCCAUUAUAGAGAAUACAAAACCAAGAUCGCUCCGACAUUAUGAUUCUUUUAGUUUGUUUAAUUUAUCCAAUCGGGUGACCUUGGCCGAUCUCGAUUUUGCCAUUCAAUCCCGUAAUGCAGACCGUGCAUGGUCUAUUUUUGUUACCCUUACCACACGAGGUGCUGAUUCCAUACCCUUAAGCCUCUGUUGCUCAUUAUAUGCUCUUUUAGAAUUUGCCAAAAGUCUUGCUACCACCACUAGCACCACCAACAAGCUUCGACAGCGACAGUUGGAUCAACUUUUAAAUUAUGUUUUGCAGCAUCAAAGCAAGGACAUCUUUUUAGCAUCCGUUACGGAUAUCCCACUGACAUAUCACAAGUUAUUACUAAAGGCAAUCAGGACCAGGGACCAAAAGAUGGCUUGGAUCACGUUUUAUCGAUUUCAUAAAGAUAGCUCAGAGAAGCUACCCCGCAACAUGUGUCUAAAACUGAUGUUGUUGAUGAUGAAAAAUAAACGACUUGAUAAGAAUCAACUCAAGAUGAGAUUACAGUUGAUUGCAUUGCAUGGGGCGGGGACGUCCGAGUUUGACAGUCGGUAUCUAUCAGCCGCUGAUCUGACACGUUUAGCACAUAUUUGCCACGGAUACCAAAAAGACAAAAGGACGGCACAUGUGUUAAUUAAUGAAUUUGUGGAUGGAUUAUCUAAAAAAAAGUUGGGAAAUCGAGCGGAUGCGCUAGAUGAGUUAAUAUGGCACAUCAUUUGUCAAGGUGAUAUAGAGAAAGCACAUGAGGUAUUGGAUAGAGUACAAAGGACGUUAUCCGACAAGGUCAAUGUGAAUGAGAUGGUCUUUGUGAACAUGAUGAACGCUUAUCGACGGCAAAAAAAAUAUCAUGAAGCUCUCAAGAUAUUUGAACGAUUUUUAGAAACAGGACAACCGGUGACGGUACGAGCAUAUAAUACAGUUUUACAGUUGUUUGCAGAACAAGGGCUAGUAGACAAAGCAUAUUUUUUAUUUAAUACGAUGGAGAGAUUAGAUGUGGAGCCUGAUAUUGCGACCUAUACAGAGAUGAUACGUGUGAAUGCUUAUGUAGGGAAUAUGAAAAUGUGUAUACAUUUCUAUAAUAAAAUACUACAGCAUGAGCAUCUGAACCCCAAUGUUUAUGUUUAUAGUGCCCUUAUAGAGGCCUCCUCACGACUCAAUGAUCUAAAGUCUGUAUUUCACUGGUUUCAACAGAUGUUAAAGGAUAAAAUUGAGCCAAAUGAAGUGAUUAUAUCGAUUAUCUUGAAGGCUCUAGCACAUCAACCAGAUCCUAAUAUGCCAGAUACCAUACUCCGGAUAGCGCAUCAAGCCUUUAUGUCAGGUAUCAAAACAGACUCUAUUCUCUAUACCAUACUCCUAAAGAUGCAAGCAGAAUCCAUUGGUAUUGAAGGAGCACUUAAAGUUCAUCGAGAUAUGCUGACACAAUCAGUCAAGCCAAGCACUUAUACAUAUACGAUACUUAUAAACACCUUUAGUAAACAUAAACGACCCGAUAUAAGUGAAAGGAUAUUUGAAUUAAUGAAGAAGAGCCACGAUCUUAAGCCUAAUACAGCUACGUAUAGUGUGAUGAUGGAUGCUUGGUUAAAAAUAAACAAAACAGAAAAAGUGGAAUCACUUGUAUUUGACUUUCUAAAGGAAUGUAAAUCAGAUAAAACGGGUAGAUUAUGGUUAGAUACUAGUAUCUGUGAUCGAAUAAAAUGGAGUACUAAAUGUUGUUGAAUUUAUGAAAAGGAAGGGAAGGGAAGGAAAAGAAAAGAAAAAAAAAAG